GACGAGCUCAUCUUCUCGACAAUAUCUCCGGACUACUGCUCUCCGGAUGUCAGCGUGGGAUCCGUUGGGACCGAGGGAAGAGUGUGUGAUGUAGACAGUACCGGGACGAAAGGUUGCAGGUCAAUGUGUUGUGGCAGGGGUUACACGGUCGAAGUUCAAGAGGUCAAAUAUAGGUUGGUUGAUUGGUGCGAGUGUAAAUACCACUGGUGCUGUUAUGUCAAAUGUCGGACUUGCCUCAAAUCCAUCCAAGUCUACAGAUGCAGAUGA